UUUGAGUGAUUGUACCCGCCCACAUUUGAUUCACUGACCGACUUGGAAGGUUUUCUUUGGUCGCUGCUCCUCUCAGUCAAAAAGUCACCACGUGGUUGAUAAUAACAUCGCUGGUCUGGAGGGGGCGGUGAUAGGCCGUGUCAACCAUUAUUAUUUCCACGGUCUUGUCAAGCACGGUUCAAGUUGACGAAUGGGCCAUCCAUAUAGCGCUUCAAAACGGCUCUGUUAUUGUAACACAUUCCGAGCUCAAAAGGUAACUUUUGGUAGUAUUGGGAAGAUUAGACCCGGCUGGCUGAGCAACAGCUAGCCUCCAUUCAAGAAGAAGUGGAAGCAGCUCUCACGACUCUGACGGAGAGAAAGCCCGCCUGUUGGUGGUCAUGGCUUCGGUCGGUAACGCGGCGGCCACCUCCAGUCCUAUGGUCGUCCUAGCGCCUAAGACUAAGACGAAAAAGAAGCACUUCGUUCAGCAGAAGCUCAAAGUGCUUCGAGCCAGCGACCCUGUCCAAAGUGUCUUUAUGUGGGGCGUUAAUCACUCGAUUAACGACCUCAACCAGGUGCCAGUUCCUGUCAUGUUACUCCCUGAUGACUUUAAGGCCAACACUAAGAUUAAAGUUAAUAAUCACCUCUUUAACAAAGAAAAUCUUCCUGGACAUUUUAAAUUUAAGGAAUACUGUCCUCAAGUCUUCAGAAAUCUGAGGGAGAGAUUCGGUAUUGAAGAUCUGGACUACCAGGUGUCAUUGACUCGCAGCCCUCCUAUAAGGAGCGUUGAUGACCGUGGAGAGGGUCUGCUCCUUAACUCCUAUGACCGCACAUUGAUUGUCAAGCAAAUCUCCAGUGAGGAUGUAGCAGAUAUGCACAGCAUCCUGUCGGAGUAUCACCAGCACAUAGUGAAGUGUCACGGUAGCACCCUGCUGCCACAGUUCUUGGGAAUGUACCGGGUCAGCGUGGAGAGUGAGGAGACCUACCUGAUUGUCAUGAGGAACAUGUUCAGCCACAGACUGGUGGUACACAGGAAAUAUGACCUGAAGGGUUCUAUGGUGGAUCGUGAAGCAAGCGACAAAGAACGGGGUAAAGAACUUCCCACCUUUAAGGACAUGGACUUCAGGAACAACAUGCAGAAAGUGUACGUCACUGAGGAGCAGAAAGAAAAGUUAAUGGAGAAACUAAACCGGGAUGUGGAGUUCCUGGUAAAGCUGAAGAUCAUGGACUACAGCUUGCUGCUCGGUAUCCAUGAUAUCGGCCGAGCUGAGAGGGAGGAGGAGGAAGGAGAGGAGGUUUCCAAUGAGGAAGACCAGGAGGCAGAGAAUGGCUUGACGUCAGGCCCUGCUGUGGGAUCUUUUGGCACCUCUCCAGAGGGAAUAGCUGGUUACAUGUCUUCCUGCAAACCUCUUGGACCCGGAGAGUUUGACCCGUAUGUGGAUGUAUACGCUCUCAGCAGCUGCACAGGAGCCCCUCAGAGAGAGGUCUAUUUUAUGGGCCUGAUUGAUGUAUUGACUCAGUACGACACGAAGAAGAAAGCAGCUCACGCAGCCAAAUUUGUCAAACAUGGGGCGGGUGCUGAAAUCUCCACUGUACACCCCGAGCAAUAUGCCAAACGAUUCCGCGACUUCAUCGCUAAAAUAUUUGCAUAAAAUUCAGCUGCAAACACGCAGAGCUUCUGACCAUUGACCAAAAAUAGUGUGUGCACAGGACAUAUUUUUAACUUGUUAAUUUGAGGAAAGACUACUUCCAAUGUGUGGAUAUGUAGUAAACUUCAUAUUCAUAUAUUUAUUUUCAAAAUUUCUUCUAGAUAUUAAGCACUGUUCAAAAAGUAUAUCAUCAGCUAUAAUGAUGUUGAAUAAUGUUCAAUGUAUUAGAACAGAUCAGAACAUA